ACCUAGUGCUGAAGUAGGCGCGGACGUGCGGUGUGCGGUGCGCGGUGCCCAGUGCCAGGCGCCCGGGGCCCGGGCCGGCGAAGACCAUGGCGUUCAUGGUGAAGACCAUGGUGGGCGGCCAGCUGAAGAACCUCACCGGGAGCCUGGGGGGCGGCGAGGACAAAGGGGACGGCGACAAGUCGGCGGCCGAAGCGCAGGGCAUGAGCCGGGAGGAGUACGAGGAGUAUCAGAAGCAACUGGUGGAAGAAAAGAUGGAGCGGGACGCUCAGUUCGCGCAGAGGAAGGCAGAGCGGGCCACGCUGCGGAGCCACUUCCGAGACAAGUCCCGGCUGCCCAAGAAUGAAACCGAUGAGAGCCAGAUCCAGAUGGCCGGUGGGGAUGUGGAGCUGCCCCGGGAGCUGGCCAAGAUGAUUGAGCAGGACACAGAGGAGGAGGAGGAGAGGGCCUCUGUCCUUGGGCAGCUGGCCGGCCUCCCUGGCCUGGACCUCGGCUCAUUCAAGGACAAGGCCCAGGCCACACUGGGGGACCUCAAGCAAUCAGCUGAGAAAUGCCAUGUCAUGUGACCACUCCCCCUAGGGUUGCCCACUGGCGUGGCCAGAAGGCAAAGCCUACAUGAGGGUUAACUUGCAGAGACCCAUGCCCCACUUGGGGGUUGUUUCCCCUGCCCUUCCCUAGCCCACACCUGCCUUCUGGUCUGUCCAUCUGCACUGGGAGCAGAGUCCCCAGGCCUCACCCUGCGCCUCAGGGCCACGGCCUCCCUCACUCAGCCUGGGGAGGCCUCCCAAGAUAGCGGGAGUAAGUGCUCUCUCUCUGUCCGUGGCCCCAGUCCCUGCACACAGACAGACUCAGAGAGAGGCCGCAGGGGUGCAGAACAGCCCUGGCACGUAAGAGACAUAAGCCGAGAUGUGCCGUGGCACUGGCAGCCAGCCCCCUGAAGUUCCAUCCAAACACUCAGACAGACACCCUCGGCAGGCAGGAGGCCUGGGCUUGAGUCUCCACCUUGCUAUGCUGAAAGCUGCUGCUCCUCUGGGCCUCAUUUCAUCAUCUGUCGAGUAGGGAUGGACUGGACAGUUUCUAGCACUUUCCAGCCUGGUCUGUCAGCUCUGGAAGCCAAGCCCACACCCCUCCGUAGGCAGGGCGGCCGCUACAGCCACAGCCUCCAGCGUCUGCCACCUCGGGCUCCGGGAACCGAGCGAAGCUGUGAGGGGCUGAGUGCCAAGGAUGGAGCUGGCACCACACAGUAGCCCAGGCAGCUCCAGGCCUUCUCCGGGCCCAGGGCCCAGCCGCUUUCUGUUCCGUUCCCGUAGAACUCUCUCUGGAUUCCAUAGCCGGAAUCUUGUGUUGUCGCUCAAUGAAAAAUAAAAAUCCCAAGUG